AACCGAGACCGAGCACAACCAAAGCAAAAACGCGCACACAUGAGCAGAGCACAGUAGCCAAGCAACAGCGAGCGAGCCACAGUCGGUCACUCCCACCGCCGCUCCCGAUUCCUUCAGCCGCCGGCAGCGCUGCCAUCCUCGGCUAGAGCUUCUCCAUCCCCUACCCCUAUAUACCGCGAUCUCCUCCAGAACCACCGUCCGGGACUGCUGCUCCGCUUGCUCGCCCCCGUUGGAGAUCCGCCCGGAGCGACAUUUGUCUUUCUGGGUAAAUCAGUGAUUUGGAAUGUUUUUCCGAGCUGAAGCAGAGAAGUCUUGGAGCUGGAUAAUAAUAAUCUUCUAGGGAUAUGCUCCAACCAAGGGAAGCUGAUGUGCCUGCACUCUUUGUUGUAUUUAUCGUACUUCCGGUGAUAGCAUAUUUUCUUCUUGGGAGAUGGCAUGAUUCUGUAAGUAAGAAAACAAGAGUAGGUGUGCUUGGCCAGAAAGCUGCAGAAGAAGCCUUCAAAGUUGAAACAAUGGCAUGCCCAGAUGUUAUAUUGCCAGGACCGUCUCUGAGACCCAUGCCUUAUUUGAGAUCUGUUCCUUCUUUAAGGUCAGAAUACCACGAGUGUGCUACUUGUCGUGGCCCUGCAAAGACUAGGUGCUCCAGGUGCAAAUCUGUUAGAUACUGCUCUGGAAAGUGUCAAAUUAUACACUGGAGGCAAGGGCAUAAACAAACAUGCCAGCAGUGGCAUGUUAAUGGUGGUAGCAACUCUGGUGGACUAUCUCCGACGGAGAGUUCUGAACAAAUGCCGUUCUUGACUAACCUGAAUUCACCUCUUCCAGGGGGUGACAGUCACCUGCAUGACAUGAAUUUUGACACAGUAUCAGAGCCAUCCUUUGCGACAACUGAUAGCUAUAUUCUUGAUACUGAUCUAUUCCUGACAGACAGAAGCAACAUGAAUGAAUCAAAUCAAAGUCUUCUUUCAAUAGUAAAUAGCGCUUCUGUUGCAUCUUGUGAAAAGAGCAAUUACAGUGUUGAUGAAGAAACCAACUCAUCUGAGAUUUUAUCAGCAAAUAAGGUUUCAAACAACAGUUAUGGUUGUUUAGAUGAAAAGAAUGGCAACCAUGAUUUUACUUAUCCUCUCAAUAAUACGGUACAACAACCCAAUAAUUGUGCUCCUGAAACAACAAAAUGUCCAAAAGCAAGCAUCACAGUUUAUGAACCCGACAUGGGUGUCUAUUUUACUUCUGAUAUGACGAGUUCUUGCGAGGGGCCAUAUUCUUCCGCAACAGAGUCACUACAGAGGAGCAAAUCAUCUUGCAAAUAUAGUGGGCGAGGAAAUGUGAUUUAUAUGAAGCCUCCUUAUCCACCAGGUAAGGUGGUUUCAUCACAAAAAACACAGGAGGUGUUGGCAUCAUAUCAAUACAAUGUCCAUCAAAAGAACACUUCCUGCAAAAAUGAGCAAAGAUCUGCAAAAUCAAGUGUUUCAACGAACAACAAUUUACAAGGAUGCACUGGAAUCUCAAAAUUAGGAGCAUCCAAGGUUGAAGUCUUGAAGAAGCCCUCAAAAUUUCUCAAAACCAGCCUGGUGGGUUUAAUCAAUGAUAACAAGAGGAGUAAGGAAUUUCAGGUAUUGUUUCGCUAUGAAGAUCUUGUUAAGUUCUUCCAGUAUGAAGUACGGGGUAUUUCUCCCAGAGGUCUUUUCAACUGUGGGAACAGGUAUUACCAUUGUCUUUUUUUUUGACGGGAAGGUAUACUUUAUUAACUCAAAUAACG